AUGUCAACCAGUGCGGCUCUUGACCAGAUGAACUUUACCGGCGGCUACCCCAUUGGCAAGGACUUUGCGCCCAGCCUGAUCUUUUCCCUCAUCUACGUCGCCCUCGUCCCUGUCGUGAUUUACCGCUGGACACGCCCUGUAUCGCGCUGCCGCAGUCUCAUCUACCCGACCCUGUUUGUGGUGAUACGUAUAGGCUCCUUCAUCCUCCGCACCGUGAUGAGCAAAGUCAACUACGGAAAGGGGACUUUCAUCGCCGAGCUCGUUCUCCUCGCCGUCCCCUUCUUCCUCAUCACCUCGACCACCAUCGACCUGUGGGAGCGACACGUAGCAUCGGGCGUCUCGGUCGACGCGCAGCCUCUGUGGCUCCAGCGCGUCUGCCGCUUCCAGCAGCUCGGCCUGCUGGCUGCGACCAUCAUGUCCAUCGUGUCCUCGGCAAUGAGCGGCGGAUCGGACCCGAACAUUGACUUGAUCAACAGGCUGCGCAAGGCGUCGUACCUCGUGUCCCUCGCCGUCGUGGUCACCACUUUUGGCGGCGUGCUCAUGUGCCACGGCCAGCUCGGGCUCCGCACCCACGGGGCAGUGGUCCUCCUGUCGCUCUGUACCGGGCUGUUCGUUACCACCGUCUACAGCAUUGCUCGUGUGUUUACGACAAACGCGGGAGCCUGGGUCCGCUCUCGUGCCGCGUACUAUGUCCUCUGGGCCGCAGUCGAGGUCGUUCUUAUUGGCAUCUUGCUCGGUAUCGCCAUCCCGGUGCUCUUCCCCGGUGCCACCGAGGUGGAGGACGAGCGGAGGAGUGAGCAGUACAUGCUCAAGGAGACCGCCGAGGGGAACGCAGAGGAGACCGCAUAG